ACGGCAACUCCCCCACCUCCCCCACUUUCCCCACGGCAACAUCCCAAUCCCAAUCCAAUCCAUUCGUCUCCCUCCCCCAAUUUCCUCCCAUUCCAAUCGAACGCCUCGUCUCCUCACCUCCUCGUCUUCCUCGAUCUCUCGUCGUCGUCGUCGUCGCCAUGGAUCCCCACCCCACCCCGUUCGCAGGGAAGCGGCGGUCGGUUGCCGCCGCGCCGGCGAAGAUAGCGGCGCCCAAGCCCAAGUCCAUCGCCUCCACGCGCACGAAGACGACGAGGAAGUCUCCCCCAGCACCUCCACCGCCACGGCCACGGCGCGCGUUCGGCACCGUUCGAAGCAGCAACGCGCAUGAUGCCCCCGAGAAGCCGCCGCCGCUGCAGAAGGCUCCAAAGGUGUCGCCGCCGCCGCCGCAGAAACCUGAUAAGGUGUCACCGCCGCCAGCUCAGAAGCCCUCCAAGGUGUCGCCACCGCCACCGCCACCGCAGAAGUCCGCGAAGGUUUCUCCGCCGCCUGCGGCGAAGCCUCCGAAGCUGUCGCCGCCAAAUCUGGCCAAGGCGACUAAGCCGUCUCGUCUGGCAGCAAAGCCCCCUAAGAAAGCCGCGCCGGGACCGGAACUGGAUCCCAAGCCCAGGAAGAAGGCGCAGCGGGUGAGCUUCCAGGAGGACGCGGCGAUGUCGGUGGCCCCUGGAAGCGGAGAGAAGGUGAAGGUUUCCACCGAUGACGCGGCUGGUCACACGCCGAUGGUGGCCGUGAGAGCCCUGGAGAAGAAAGUGAGUGUCGUCGCGUCCGCGGAGACGCCGUUCUUUAGUGCGCAGAACUGCAGCAAUUGCAGUCUCGACCCGCUCGAGGAGUCCACCUACUGGCUCGCACAUAUCCACCUGGCCGAGUCAGUUGGGAAGCACAGGGUUGCUGCUGCGUUCUUUCAGCUUGCAUUCGAGUGCCAAGCUCAGCCAAUUCACAGGAUCCAAAGUGAGCUAAGGAAUUAUACAGUGCGCCAUGAGAGUGCCAGCACUUUAACCACUUUAUUCGAUGAGCUUCUCCUUGCCCAUGGUGGCAUCCCAGUGAACCAACCUAAGUUUGAAACCGAUGGUUUUGAGGUGGUGGAUACACCUUUAACUACAGAUAGUGAUGACAAGAGGCUCGAUAGUACCACAACUCAAGUGGAUGAGAGAUGCUCGGAAUGUGACUGUGGUGGUGAUAUCGUCGAUGUGGCAGUUCCCAGUAUUGUGAAACCACUUGAGGAAGGCAUGGACCAACCGAGUUUUGAGAGGAAGCUGAACGACGGUUUUGAAUUUGAUGAUUGUGAAGCUGUCAUUGUGGACAAGCUGGUGGGAGGACAUUCUGAUCUAGAGAAGAUUGUUGAUGUUAAUGGUCCUAGCGACAGUGAAACAAUGCAGUCAGCAUGCAGAUCCUCCAUUGAUAGGUUAAGCUUGAAAGGGUCUCCAGUAGUAAGCGGAUUGUCUCAAAGACAGCUCUCUUCAGACAGUCCAUUAGAUAAGUUGUCUCCGUCUGCACGGAGCUUGUCUGCAAAGCGCUUAUCAUCUGUUAGCCCGCUUGACAAAAAGUCUCCAUUUGGUAGCAGCUCGUCGAAGAGGCUCUCAUCCAGUUGCCCUUCUUCUAAGAAAUCUUUCUCCAGUAAAGCCUUGUCAUCCAAGCGGAUGUCAUCUGGUAAUGCUUCUGCUGGAGUCGGUGAUCUUAACGAAGUGAUUGCAGAUAUGGAAUUUGACUGCCCUGCAUCAGAUGAUCAGCUGGAACUGAAAGAACAUGGGGAUUCUGAGAUCAACUAGCUUCUGGAGAGGGACUUACUACAGCGGUACAACUGCAAUGGGUGCUAAUAUAAAUUUAGAUGUAAGAUUUGCUCGUCUGCGUAUGUUCGGUAGUUUGAAUUUCUGACUUGAUCACAUUGCUAGUUUGCCUUUGGUGUGGACUCGAGCAGACAUGUGUUUGCUCACGCGUGGUGUUUUAUUCUCACCAGUCCAAGAACAUGGUUUUCAGCAAAGAUCAUCGUGCUCGGAUGAUCUUUGUGUUCUUGACAGUUGACAGGUUCUGUGUGCUUGCUUAGCAUGACAAAUGAGGGUUAUGGUAUUCUUGUUUGAUUUGGCAAUAACUUGUACCUUCGGUAUUUGAGGUCAAUGUAAUAUGGAUUUCUUUAUGAUUGCCAGUGAACACUGUGAACUGUUGAUGCCCGUGCAAA